GUUUCCCUCAGUGUGUGCAGACGGAGUUACCAGCGGAUAGCUAAUCCUGUCCUCUUCCCCCCGGUUCUGUGUGACAAACACACCCAUGACACGGCGGAUUUGACUCAGGGGGAGACCCCAGGUUCUCCAGAAGUUAGAAUCUCUCUUCGGGUCACUUUCCUCCCCCUCCGCCCAUCACAGCAACGACUGCCAUGGAGAACUCUUCGGUGGCGUCUGCAUCGUCUGAAGCUGGGAGCACACGCUCGCAGGAGAUAGAAGAGCUGGAGCGCUUCAUCGACAGCUACGUGCUGGAGUAUCAGGUGCAGGGGCUGCUGGAAGACAAGGCAGAUGGAGACUUGGACUUGGACAGUGGUGGCAAAGAACCACAGUGGACAGACGACUACACUGACCAGAGAGAUGAUAGUUGGACAUCAUCACAAGGAAGACGCUCCUCUAAACCUGAUGAAUGGGAACAUAGCAGUAAUGGCAGCACAGGUUCUAGGCCCAGUUCAGGAUCUAGACCUGGAUCUGGCUCACGCUCUGGCAGCAGGGGCCGGCAAAACCAAUUCAUAGCUUCUGCAAAGAAUGGGAAUAGAGAUGGCUCCUUUGACAUCUUGGGGACAGAUAUUUGGGCUGCAAACACUAUGGACUCACACGGAGGUGCAGGUUGGGAUGUGCAGCCAGAAAAGCUUGACUUCAGCCAUUUUCACAGAAGAAACUUCAGAGGAAUGCCAAAGCCCCUGCCCCACAUUGACAGAGAGGGUAUGAACAAAAACCAGUUUGCAGAGGAUGAUGGAAUAGACAUGAAUGACCUGGAGAGGUUCCUACCUCAUCUGCACUCUGUCUUUCCACCACUUCCCAACGAGGCUGAGAUUGCUCACACCAAAAAGCUUUUUCGACGCAGGAAGAACGACCGACGACCAUUUGAUCACAUCAUCCGUGACCAUUUAACCAUACUUCUGCCUCCUGGCCCAGACGGGAAGCGACGAGUCUCAGCCAGGAGGCAGCAGCGACCUCAGGGGGGAGGAGGAGGAGGAGGAGGGAAGAACCAACCUCAGCAGACACAACAGUCGCCAUCGCACCAGAGGGAUCAAACUCAACAGUUGUCUCCAAACCACCAGGAGUUAAAUUCAACAGAACUGGGAGACAACAAAAACCAUAAUGCUGGUCGACCACCUCGCCUGAACCAUGGAGGACACGGGCAGCGCCAAGGAGGACCCCCGCAUCACGGAUACAGCCAGAACCGGCGUUGGCACCACAAUCAGAAAGGCCAAGGACAUGGACAGACAAACACCAUUAGUGAUAAAGACGUGCCACCAAAAACAACCAAAGACAACGAGACUGAGGGUGGGAAAGCGGGCGACGAGCAAAUCAAACCUUCUCCAGAAUGUAACAAUAAGAGUCCCAAACCUGACUCCGCACCCAGUACAAAUGCUCCCCCAGAUCUGAGGGUUAAUGAGGAACCUCCCAAUCCACCAGAAAGUGGGGGCAAGCUCCAGGCUGAGCUCCCAAAAAUCAACCUUCUGCAGUCGUCGAAGGAAAGGCUAAGGAGGAGACUAAAAGACAAGGAGGAGGCACAAGUGAAGGAAUCACGGACGGGACCGCAGAACUUGGACCGGCUGCUGGACCUUCUCAACAACAUGAGGAGCAACAGCAGUGGAGUGGAGCAGCAGCUGGCCUCGUUCAUGGAGGAAGCGCAGUGUUCAGCUCAGUCCGAGGAGGCGCUGGCUCAGGUAGUCGGCACCAUCUACUCCAAGGCCGUUUCAGACCGAAGCUUUGCAGCGACGGCCGCAAAACUCUGUGACAAGAUGGCGCUGUUCAUGGUGGAGGGAACCAAGUUCAGAUCGCUGCUGCUCAACAUGCUGCAGAGGGACUUUUCCCGCCGAGAGGAGCUCCAGCAGUCCGAUGUGGAGCAGUGGUUGGGUUUCAUCACUUUCUUAUGUGAGGUGUUUGGCACCAUGAGGAGCAGCUCCGGUGACCCGUUCAGGGUGCUGGUGUGUCCCAUCUACACUUGUUUACGAGAGCUGCUCGAGUCAACAGAUGUCAAAGAAGACGCAGUCCUUUGUUGCUCCAUGGAGUUGCAAAGCGCAGGGGGUCUCCUGGAGGAGCAGCUUCCCGAGAUGAUGAUGGAGCUUUUAGCAGCUGUCAGAGACAAGAUGUUGUGUCCAGCCGAGUCCCAGUUGACCCGCUCUCUGCUCAUGGAGGUCAUCGAGCUGCACGCACACCGCUGGAGCCCCCUGGAGGCUCUCACCACCCAAUACUACAACCGGACCAUCCAAAAGCUCACCACAACUGCCUAGUUCCCACAGAAGGAAGAGGAGACUACCCCCCCUUUUUUUUUUUCUGAUGCCCCAAGUCUCAUUGUGAACAUUACAGAACGUCUUGCCUGCGUAAAGGGAUGCUGCUGGAGGUAAACGUUCAGACCAGUAGGAUGAUCAGAGCUGCGUGUGAUGGAUUUGAACAUUCGCUUCUAUUUGACCAGUAGGGGCGUCCUCAGCCACACACAAGCUGGGAGCUCCACCAGCUGUAGCUGCUGAGGAAUAAAAACAUUAAAAAAAUCAUGGGGGUGGGGGCGUGGGUGGUGGGAAGCAGAGAUCUGAACUCAAA